CAAUUCCCAUCCCAUUUCCCAUCCCCGGUCCUUUUUCCCCCCUUUCCCGAUCCUUUUUUCCCCCCCCCUCCCCUUCCCUUUCCCGGUCCCAUCCCGCCCCGGGACCAUGCGGCGGGCGCUGCGCCGCGGGGCUCUGCUCGCCUGCAUCUCCCUGGGGACGCUGCUGGUUCUCGCUGAUGCUAAGGGGGUUUUCUACCCCCCCGCCGCCCCCCUGCCCUACGGCGGCAGGUACAGCCUCUACACGGCCGGCUCCAGCCCGCAGCUCAGCCCCGGGAAGCCCGUGGGCAAGCACAAGAGCUACUGCGCCUACGUGGUGCAGCGCAACGUCACCUGCGCGCUGCAGGACGGCGCCGAGAGCUACGUCAAGGCCGAGUACCACAAGUGCAGCUGGGGACCCAAGUGCCCGGGGAAAGUGCUGUACCGCACCUUCUUCAGACCCAAAUACAAGAUUGGCUACAAGACUGUGACCGAGCUGGCCUGGAGGUGCUGCCCGGGCUUCCUGGGAGAAGGAUGCCACGACAGCCCCACCGACCAGCCCGGCCUCCUGCCCCAGCAUCCCAGCCCUAAAAUGCCACCCGGGCAGAAGAUGUUUCCGAUCCCCAGAGUUCCUCCCCAUCCAAAAAGCCACCCUGACCUGUUUGCAGGACCCAAGAAGAAUCAAUACGGCAGGAAGCUGCCUGGGCUCUUCGGGGACCGCCUGGAGCGGCUGGAGGAGGAGGUGAGGCGCCUGUCCCAGUCCUACGACAGCCUGCACGCCCUGGUGAGCGGCCUGGGGGACCGCCUGCGCCUGGCCAUCCAGGAGGACACCACCAAGAUGAUCGGCUCGCUGAUGAACAGCCCGGGCACACCCGACUCCACGGUGGGCUUCGGCAUCAUCCCCGACGGCCUGGUGGAUGCGGCGGACAAAGCCGACGUCGCCGCGUUCCCUCCGGUGGGGGAGAUCCUGACCAAGGUGACGGAGGUGAGCGACGUGCUGAAAUCCAAGGCGGAUUUACUCCACGAGGUUCGCGGCAUGGUCCUGGACCACGACGGGCAGAUCAAGCACCUGCUGGAGUCGGCCCGGCCCUCGCCCCUCACCUCCAUCGACCUGCUGGAGGAGUACGUGGACACGCGGCUGAGCACCCUGCGCGGAGAGCUGCUCGACGGCUUCGAGAAGAAGCUGGGCAAGAUCCAGACCACGUGUGAUUUCCGGAUCCAAGAGGUGCGGCAGCAGUGCGAGGAGGAGAAAGCCGCCAACCUGCGGCUGCAGCAGACGCUGGACGGGAAGGAGCUGGAGAUCAAGAAGGAGAUCUCCCAGCUGGAGACCCAGAUCCAAGGGCUGACGGUGGUGGAGAGCUGCUGCAGCAACCUCGACUACCUCACCGAUCGCAUGAACAUCCUGGAGAAGGGCCUCCACAGCAUCUCGGAGUCCCAGAAGAACCUGCACUCACGGAUGGAUGGAGAAAUCUCCACUGUCACCCUGGGGAACCUCUUUGAAGGGCGCUUUGAGGACCUGGAAGCCAGACUCAACGCUACAGAGAGGGAAACAGGGAGCUGUUGCUCCAGCAUAGAGGACAGCAUGAGAGGCACAGUGGUGGCAGAGGUGGAUGGCAUGAGGACUGCCUUUGAGGACAAAAUGCAGACCCUGGAGGACAGGUUCAUGACCAUCGUGGGGGAGCUGAACAACGUCAGUGCUCCCGUGGGCAUGGAUGGAGCAGUGGUGCCCGUGCUGGAGGGGGAGCUCGCUGGCAUGAAGAAGCGCACGGACGAGAAGCUGGAGGUGCUGCAGAGCCGCCUCGUCACGCUGGAGAGCACCUGUUCCUCGGGCUGCACUUCUGCCUCCAGAGACGUGGAGACCUUCCGGACGGAGAUCGAGGACUGCCAGAACAGGAACCAGGACCUGCUCCUCCGGAUGGACAGCAACUACGACCUCCUGCGCAAGCUGAACGCCACCAUCCUGGAGAUCCAGCGGCGAAUAGAGGAGGAGGCGGCGGGGGCUCUGCAAGGAGAGAUCACCUUGCUGAAGAUCAACCUGAACACCGUCAGCAAGUCCCUGACGGGGCUCAAGGACUCCGUCUCGCAGUACUCGGACACCAUGACGCACAUCAACUCCUCGCUGGACGAGCACGAGCGCAAGAUCGAGGACGAGGUUCACUCCAUCCAGGAGAAAGUCAACGACCAAGGCUCGCAGCUCUUCUUCAGCAACCGCCGAGUCCUGAACCUCAAGGGAGACCUGGAGCGACUCAAAGCCCGGAUCGUCAGCGACCUGAGCUCCUGCAGGAGCGUGGCCCAGGACCUGCAGCAGGAGGUGGCACACUUUGACGAGCGGGUGGCGCGGGUGGAGAGGGUCUGCGGCAGGCUGGGCGCCGUCACGGGGAGCCUGGACGGAAUCAGGGACGGACUGGAGAAACAUACAGGCAGCCUGUGGGACUACAUGGACCGUAUGAACGGGACCCUGGCUGCCCACUCUCAGGAAAUAACGGGACUGAAGGACAACCUGCUCGACUGCCAAGCCAAGGUCUCGGAGCUGGCGGAGCAGGUCGGCCACCUGGAAGAGCAGGCGGAGAGGGAGCAGCAUUAGCUGUGCAGAAACGUGCUCCUUGCUCCAUUAACUUAUAUCACACGGACUCCAAGGUGACAACAGGUCUUUGGAUAUUUUUUUAAUGAAAAGAUAAAUUAAAAGCUGCUACGAACCCUUCUUCGCCACCCUCCUCCUCCUCCUUUAUUUUUUUCUGUGUGCUCGCCUCCGCAGCUCGCAGCUGUGCCAGCCCUGCUGGAGCAGGGAGCUGCCUUCGGGGCCGGGGGUGUUGCUUUGGCUCUGGGGCUGAUGACCCCAGAAGGACAAUUCAGGAGGAAGCUGGAGGCGGGGACGUUUUUUAAAUUUUAUUUUUGUGGAUUUGUCGCUUCUUGAAGAAUAAAACCCUGUAGUUGUCAGUUGAGGAAUAGAGCUACUCUGACCUAAAGACCACCUGCAUCUUAAUCCAGGGACUGAACAGAGCCAGGGCUCCUUGCAGGGAACAAAACUCACCACAGGAACUGUGGAUUUCAAAGAAAACACGUACUCACACAGCCCCUGGGGAGCUGCACUCCCCUCUUCGAGAUGGCAGCCCUCCUUGCAUAAGGUAAAUCCAUUUAUCCUGCUCCCUUCUUCACGCAAACGCACAUGCCUUCCAGAGCACGUGAGGAGAUGCAUUAGGAAAACACAUGUGGAUAUGGUACGUGUGUCUGUAGCUCUGAACAAUCCCCUGUCCCAGUGCUCGGCUGAGUGCAGAGCUUGCUCUUGCUGCCCCCUUUCCCUCGCUGUACUUUGAGGAGCCACACGGAGCAGCCAUCAACUGUCCCAGCAGCAUUUGCACGAACCCAGGCGGUCCCUGGGGGCUGCUGUGGUUUGCAGUCCCCCUCCGCUUUGUUUACUUUGCUUUCUGGUUACACCUGGGACUGAUGUGAAGGGUUAUGGAAAACUUGUGUCUUUCCCAAAGACGUGUGUGCGUGUAGGUCUCAGAAGAGACAAAGCCAGGCACGGAGCAGUCUCCUGCCUUCCAGCUCUGGUUCUCUCCUGUUUUACUGCUUAAACUGUGAACGUGGUUUCCCCAACUCAUCCCUGGGCAGGUGAGGUGCAGCUGCUCCAGGACGUGAGUAUGAGGCCUCACCUGCUCUGCCUGGGUUUCCCCAUCCAGGAUCCUGCUUCCUCUUUGCAGUCCUCUGAGUCCCAAGAAUGCUGAGGAUCCAGGAACCUGUGCCACCAUCGAGCUCCCAGCAGGGCAUCUUGAGACGUCCUCUCCUGAGCUCAGCCCUGGGGAAAGGUUGAGCUGUGCUCCAGGCUCUGAGCAGGGCUGGAGGCGGUACGAAAAACCAAAGCAACUUACCCAGCUUCGCUCUGGCUUCCCACAAAGACUGGAGAAUGUUGCUGUGUUCCUGAGCAGUGCCAGCCUUGUCCCAUGGAGCAGGUGCCCGUACUGCGUGGCUGUCUCACCAAAAUCUGCCUUUCCCAGGGAGACCAGCAUGGACAGCCUCCCCUACUCAACCAUCAGGGGCUUUGUUAGCAGAAAGGAUGAAGAGGAAAUUAAAGAGCCUCCUCCUGGCCAGUUCUGGCACUGUUAUAGCAGAGGGAUAUGUUUUCUACCAGCCCAGCACUGCAGGUGGAGGCACCUUCCACACCAGCUCCCACCCCGUGCCAGGAGGUGCCAUGGGAGCAGUGAGCACCAUGCCCAGGGCUGGGCUGAUUGGGACCAUACUGAAGCUGGUGAACCACUUCUCCAGCUGAGGAGCAACCUCCAGCUGCUUUUGGGCAUCCCCAAAAACCUGCUCUUAAACCUGCUCUUAAAUCAGUCUCAGGAGACUGAUUUCUUCCCCCAGCACAGGGGAGGGACCUCAAGCCAGCCCUUUGUGAUGGUGCAGGGGAACCCUCACCAUACCAGCCCUCUUCCUCCUCCUCCUCACACACCAGGGACAAAAAAAGGGCUGUAGCAACCAAAGAGAAAACUGAACCCAGGCCCAGGCUCACCCCCUUCCAGGGGAGCUGGGCAGUCAGGGUUUGGUUAAAAAGCAGCUGAAGAGGAGCACAGAGGGAGCCAGGACUGGUGAUAACAGAACUAGGACAAGGAAGAAGUCUGACCUUCCAGAACAUGGUGCUAUGUUUGGACUAUUCCUGAUUAGUCACUUGAAGAUACAACUUUUAUUUCAGUUCUCAGCUAUCCCUGUUUAAAAGCAAAAGGAACUUUGUAUAAAAUAGGGCAUUUUUUUUUUUUACUUUGCUUGCAGAGAGGGAAGGAGAUACUGCCCACGUGCUCGCUCUUGCCCUGGGCAGCUUUCCGAGGCAGUUGGUAACUGCUGCUGGUAAGAGGCUGUUUUUUUAAAAAAAACCUUGUACAUUUGUUCAGAUUUAAAAGCUGAAAGACUGUUUGUACUGGAAGAGAAAAAAAUAAAGUUCUUGCUGAGGUUUCCAGUA